UUAGCUAUGAAUGUGUUGAAGAGAAGUGUGUUGGGGUUGUUAGCAGCCAGGCUGCAUGCAGGCACUUCCAGCAGCAGGAGCAUGGCUUACAGUGCGAAGAUCGGUCCGUCCAUCCUGAGCAGCGACCUGUCCUGUCUGGGCAGCGAGUGUGUGCGGAUGAUGGAGUGCGGGGCAGACUACCUGCACCUCGACGUUAUGGACGGCCACUUUGUCCCUAACCUCACAUUUGGCCAUCCCAUGGUGGAGUGCCUCAGGAAGUCAGUAGGCCAGGACCCUUUCUUUGACAUGCACAUGAUGGUGUCUCGGCCGGAGCAGUGGGUGAAGCCCAUGGCUGCGGCAGGAGCCAACCAGUACACAUUCCACUUAGAGGCCACCACCAACCCUGGAAACCUCAUCAAGGAGAUAAGAGAGAGUGGCAUGAAGGUGGGUUUGGCCAUUAAGCCUGGCACUACUGUUGAAGAGCUAGCACCCUGGGCCAACCAGAUCGACAUGGCCCUGGUCAUGACCGUUGAACCUGGCUUUGGCGGGCAGAAGUUCAUGGAGGACAUGAUGCCCAAGGUGAGCUGGUUGAGGAGUCAGUUCCCUUCGCUAGACAUUGAAGUAGACGGAGGGGUCGGCCCUGACACCAUUCACAAGUGUGCAGAGGCUGGGGCCAACAUGAUCGUAUCAGGCAGUGCUGUGAUCGGCAGCGACGACCCCCGUUCCGUCAUCGCACUCCUGCGCACCGCAGUGGCCGAGGCAAUCCAGAAACGUUCGCUGGACCGCUGAGACAUCUGCCUGGUUGACACUCUACCUGCCCGUCCCAGCAACACAACACAGCAGCCAGUGGAAGAGACAUUUAUGUGGUAGAGGUCAGGGGUCACAGUCUGACAGCCAAAUCCAUAUCAAUUUUGAUGUGAGUGAAGCUGCACAGUGCCUCCACAAAACUCUCUGGACUUCAUCCUGUCCUGCAGCAAUCUCCUCCGUGAACAGAUAACUUAAAGCGAGUCUCCUGGGGCAUUGAGACGAUUAUUACUCGACUGGAGCUGAGGUGACGCUGAUUUCACAUCUGUAAACAUUCCUCAAUAUUGUUUGAUUUACACUGUACGUUUGAAGCAUACAUUAAUAAUGGAAAUAAAAGGCCCAAGGAGCACUGUGUUAAAUAGAUUUUUUAGUUCUGCAAUGUUUCAUACCUCAUUGACAGUUUUCUCUCAUUUCUGUUUUGCUAAAAAUGGACUACCCACAGGAUACACUACGGAAUAGAAAUAAUGUACCUUUCAGAUAUUGCUCAAUUCAGAUUUGGUUUUGCAGAUUAAAAGUCAUCAAUGAAG